AUGGCUGCGAAGAUGGAGCGACCCGACUCGACCGCCUCCGCCACGACAGGCAGAGCCAUGUCGCCCUCCACUCCAUCGCUGCCAUCGCGGCCAAACACCACCGAGCCGCAGGUCUCACCGCGAAGCGGAGCUCGAGCAAAGACGAUGGCAAAGCCUCGUUCAAUGCUCGCGCGCCUCGCAGCCCGCGGGAAUAGUCGUCGUGAACAACAAGGACUGAAGGAGGCAGAAGCCUACCGUGCCGGCCACGGCUAUGGGAAAGGGUUUGGCCCUUGCAAGCCAGCAUCGGCAUCUCCGUGUGAAACGGCUUUGCUCAGUGGCCUCACCGAGUGGCAGCUGCCCACGUCGGAGGCACCGCUGGCAGAGAUUCUGCUCCAAAAUGACAAGGUCGAGCUUGGCGAGAAGUACAACAUGAGAAUCAGUUCCCGAUUCCAGCCCUUGGUCGCAAAGACGGCGCACUAUCACUUCCCAUUGCCGACUUCCGAACAAAACAGGCGGUACAGCAAUGUGCGACAUAAGCAUCCGCCCGAGGGAGUUCCAUCCCUGGAGCCACCGAAGGACAAGAAGGAUCCUACUUCUACGUUGUCGAAGAGCCCUGAGAGGCAAACACCACUUCUGACGAAACUCCGACAGCCAGUGCAGGAGGGCAUGGCACGUCUUCGCCCGGGUGUCGCGUACAGCGUCUCGCGGCUAGAGGAAUGGUUCCUGCUGCUGGACACGAGCCGCUCGGGCGAGGUCACUGUGCGCAAGUUGAUCCUGGGGAUGAUGAAGCACCAGGAGAUCAUGGACCUCGUAUUCCUGCUGAGAGAGAAGUCCGAAGGCCGAUCAUGGCAGCUGAAGCCCGAGAGCAGGCCGACGGCUGGCAAGCUCACCCGGGACGACAUGCAGUGGGUGAGGGCAAUGCUGGAGGAGCUGGGGGCAGGGGGUGGUGCUUCGAUGACAUGGCCGGAGUUCGUUGACUUCUUCCGCCAGACAGGUCUGCUCCUGGAGUACAGCACUCGGGACGAGCUAAACCAAUCAGACCUGGGAGAAACAAACAUCGAAGACUUUCUGCGACGACAAGAAGAAGAAUUUCAGCUGGACCAAGAGAGAUUCUUCAGCGAGCAGCGACGAGGAGCCAGGAUUUUUCCGUCCAGCCCGGAACGCUCGGAAAGGAGAUCCAGUCGGUCGAGUUGUGCACUGGCACAGACAACGUAG